AUGGCUGAAAUUCUUCUCACAGCAGUCAUCAAUAAAUCUGUAGAAAUAGCUGGAAAUCUACUCGUGCAAGAAGGAACGCGUUUAUAUUGGUUGAAAGAGGACAUCGAUUGGCUCCAGAGAGAAAUGAGACACAUUCAAUCAUAUGUGGACGAUGCAAAGGCCAAGGAAGUUGGAGGCGAUUCAAGGGUCAAAAAUUUAUUAAAAGAUAUUCAACAACUCGCAAGUGAUGUGGAGGAUCUCUUUGAUGAGUUCCUUCCAAAAAUUCAACAAUCCAAUAAGUUCAUUUGUUGCUUUAAGACAGUUUCUUUUGCCGAAGGGUUGCGGAGAAGAUUAUUCCUUCAUGCUGAUGAAAUAGAGGUCAUCAGUUUGGAUGAUGACUUCAAUAAGCUACAAGCCAAAUUACUUGAUCAUGAUUUGCCUUAUGGAGUUGUUUCAAUAGUUGGCAUGCCCGGUUUAGGAAAAACAACUCUUGCCAAGAAACUUUAUAGGCAUGUCCGUCAUCAAUUUGAAUGUUCAGGAUUGGUCUAUGUUUCACAGCAGGCAAGGGCAGGAGAAAUCUUACAGGACAUUGCCAAACAAGUUGGACUGACGGAACAGGAAAGGAAAGAGAACUUGGAAGGCAACCUAAGCUCACUCUUGCAAAGAAAAAGGUGUGUUAUCCUCUUAGAUGACAUUUGGGAUGUUGAAAUUUGGAAUUAUCUGAAUUUUUUCCUUCCUGACUCAAAAAUUGGCAGUAGGAUAAUAAUCACAUCUCGAAAUAGUAAUGUAGGCAGAUACAUAGGAGGAGAUUCCUCACUUCACGUGUAG